CUCCGCGGCGGCGGCAACGGAGGCUGCGGGGGCGACGGCGCGAGCGGCCGGGCUUCGGGGGGGAGCCGAGCCCGGCCCGGGAGCCCGAGCAGUGCAAGUGCGAGGCACCUAGGCCGCUCACGCUGGACUCCUCAGUCUCCCGGCCGCCUGUCCUCCGCACGGGUAUAUGGGAUGGAAGCGGGACCCUCGGGAGCAGCUGCAGGUGCCUACCUGCCUCCCCUGCAGCAGGUGUUCCAGGCACCCCGCCGGCCUGGCAUUGGCACUGUGGGCAAACCGAUCAAGCUUCUGGCCAAUUACUUUGAAGUGGACAUUCCUAAGAUUGACGUUUACCAUUAUGAGGUGGACAUCAAGCCAGAUAAGUGUCCUCGAAGAGUCAACCGGGAAGUGGUCGAGUACAUGGUCCAGCAUUUCAAGCCUCAGAUCUUCGGGGAUCGCAAGCCUGUGUAUGAUGGAAAGAAGAACAUUUACACUGUCACAGCACUGCCCAUCGGCAACGAGAGGGUUGACUUUGAGGUGACAAUCCCUGGGGAAGGAAAAGAUAGAAUUUUUAAGGUCUCCAUCAAGUGGCUAGCUAUUGUGAGCUGGCGUAUGCUGCAUGAAGCCCUGGUCAGUGGCCAGAUCCCUGUGCCCUUGGAGUCUGUGCAAGCCCUGGAUGUGGCCAUGAGGCACCUGGCAUCUAUGAGGUACACCCCUGUGGGCCGCUCCUUCUUCUCACCGCCUGAGGGCUACUACCACCCGCUGGGGGGUGGGCGCGAGGUCUGGUUCGGCUUUCACCAGUCUGUGCGCCCUGCCAUGUGGAAGAUGAUGCUCAACAUUGAUGUCUCAGCCACUGCCUUCUACAAAGCACAGCCAGUGAUUGAGUUCAUGUGUGAGGUCCUGGACAUCAGGAACAUAGAUGAACAGCCCAAGCCCCUCACGGAUUCCCAGCGUGUUCGCUUUACCAAGGAGAUAAAAGGCCUGAAGGUGGAAGUGACCCACUGUGGACAGAUGAAGAGGAAAUACCGCGUGUGUAAUGUUACCCGGCGCCCUGCUAGUCAUCAGACGUUUCCCUUGCAGCUGGAAAGUGGACAGACUGUGGAAUGUACCGUGGCACAGUAUUUCAAGCAGAAAUAUAACCUUCAGCUCAAGUAUCCCCACCUGCCCUGCCUACAAGUUGGGCAAGAACAGAAGCAUACCUAUUUGCCCCUCGAGGUCUGUAACAUUGUGGCCGGGCAGCGGUGCAUUAAGAAGUUGACUGACAACCAGACCUCAACCAUGAUAAAGGCUACAGCUAGGUCGGCUCCAGACAGACAGGAGGAGAUCAGUCGCCUGAUGAAGAAUGCCAGCUACAACUUAGAUCCCUACAUCCAGGAAUUUGGAAUCAAAGUGAAGGAUGACAUGACGGAGGUGACGGGGCGAGUGCUGCCGGCGCCCAUCUUGCAGUAUGGCGGCCGGGUGAGCAGGAACCGGGCCAUUGCUACACCCAACCAAGGUGUCUGGGACAUGCGUGGGAAACAAUUCUACAAUGGGAUUGAGAUCAAAGUCUGGGCCAUCGCCUGCUUCGCACCCCAAAAACAAUGUCGAGAAGAGGUGCUCAAGAACUUCACAGACCAGCUGCGGAAAAUUUCCAAGGAUGCGGGGAUGCCCAUCCAGGGUCAGCCUUGUUUCUGCAAAUAUGCACAGGGAGCAGACAGCGUGGAGCCCAUGUUCCGGCAUCUAAAGAACACCUACUCAGGACUGCAGCUCAUUAUCGUCAUCCUGCCAGGGAAGACGCCUGUGUAUGCUGAAGUGAAACGUGUUGGAGAUACACUCUUGGGAAUGGCAACACAGUGUGUGCAGGUGAAGAAUGUGGUCAAGACCUCACCUCAAACUCUGUCCAACCUCUGCCUCAAGAUCAAUGUCAAACUUGGUGGCAUUAACAACAUCCUAGUCCCACACCAGCGCUCUGCUGUUUUUCAACAGCCAGUGAUUUUCCUGGGCGCAGAUGUUACACAUCCCCCAGCCGGGGAUGGGAAGAAGCCGUCUAUCACAGCGGUGGUAGGCAGUAUGGACGCACACCCCAGCCGAUACUGCGCUACUGUGCGUGUGCAGCGCCCUCGGCAGGAGAUCAUUGAAGAUUUGUCUUACAUGGUGCGUGAGCUGCUCAUCCAGUUCUACAAGUCCACCCGCUUCAAGCCUACCCGAAUCAUCUUCUACCGGGAUGGGGUCCCUGAGGGCCAGCUACCCCAGAUCCUUCACUAUGAGCUGCUUGCCAUUCGAGAUGCCUGCAUCAAACUGGAAAAAGACUACCAGCCUGGGAUCACUUACAUUGUGGUGCAGAAACGCCAUCAUACCCGCCUCUUCUGUGCUGACAAGAAUGAGCGAAUUGGGAAGAGUGGUAACAUCCCUGCUGGGACCACAGUGGACACGAACAUCACUCACCCAUUUGAGUUUGACUUCUAUCUGUGCAGCCAUGCAGGCAUCCAGGGUACCAGCCGACCAUCCCAUUAUUAUGUUCUUUGGGAUGACAACCGUUUCACAGCAGAUGAACUCCAGAUCUUGACAUACCAGCUGUGCCACACUUACGUACGAUGCACACGUUCUGUCUCUAUCCCAGCACCUGCCUACUAUGCCCGGCUGGUGGCUUUCCGGGCACGAUACCACCUGGUGGACAAGGAGCAUGACAGCGGAGAGGGGAGCCACAUAUCGGGGCAGAGCAAUGGGCGAGACCCCCAAGCCCUGGCCAAAGCAGUGCAGGUUCACCAGGAUACUCUACGCACCAUGUACUUCGCUUGAAGGCAGAACGCUGUUACCUCACUGGGUAGAAGAAAGCUUUCCAAGCCCUGGGAGCUGUACCACCCAAAUCCAGAGGACGCAAGGAAGAGGGAGCUGGGGUCGGGAGGAGUAUAGGAGGCCUUGUUUCUAUCUAUAGAGGGGAUAGAAGGGGGAAGAGGACCAGCAAGACAGACUACCAGCCAGAAAUCUCUGAUGGAAACCUCAUACCCUCUCCCCAUCUUGUCACAUCCGACCCCAGAAGAGGCAGCACUAGUGCCCACCAAACACACAGUUGUCUCUUGUGACUCACAGUGCUAAGGACUCAUGCUAGACAGCUUGCUAGGGUCGGCUCUGCAGUCCUGUGGUCAAACGCUGGUAUGUUUGGGUUUGACAAUUUUGAGAAAGUGAGGGGGCUUGAGAAAGUGGGUGGGAGGGGGGGGAAGGAAUUUUUAGGAGCCUUAAUCAGAAAAGGUCUAGAUUUGUUUAAGAAAAAUGAAAACAGACUCAGAUCAAUAUUUUAGGAUACUAGAUGUUUUCAUGGGUUCAGAAUCCAGUUUGUAGGAAGAUUUUUAAUGCUAAUGGUUUGGGUUGCUCCUCCCCAGCUGCUACCCCCCCCCACCCCAAUUAUUCCUCUCUGUCUUUUCUACCCCACAUGCCUCUUCCCUGACAGACAUCCAGUCCCUAGUAACACUUAAGGCACUAUGGCACUUAGCUCUGAAGUGACACGACCCUGUCUUCCUUCCGCCUGCUGGUGGGUACAGUGCCUUCCCUGUAACGGUUAUGCUGCAGAGCCGCGACCUUUGUACCUUUCUUUGUGGGAUGGG